AUGGCACCUGUUACAAUUGAGAAAUACGUAAAUCAAAAUGAACCACACCUUGUUUCCAAUCAAUUAGCGACAAUUCCGUUCGGCGAGUACAUAUUCAGAAGGCUAUUAUCUAUCGGUACAAAGUCAGUUUUUGGUGUUCCUGGAGACUUCAACCUAUCCCUAUUAGAAUAUCUAUAUUCUCCCAAUGUUGAAUCCGCUGGUUUAAGAUGGGUUGGGACUUGUAAUGAACUAAACGCUGCUUAUGCGGCUGAUGGAUACUCUCGUUAUUCUAAUAAGAUUGGUUGUUUGAUCACCACGUAUGGUGUUGGUGAGCUAAGCGCUCUGAAUGGUAUAGCGGGGUCGUUUGCUGAAAAUGUUAAAGUCUUGCACAUUGUUGGUGUUGCCAAAUCAAUAGAUUCGCGUUCAAAUAAUUUUAAAGAGCGUAACCUACAUCAUUUGGUGCCACAGGUACAUAAUUCAAAUUUCAAAGGUCCAAACCAUAAAGUAUAUCAUGAUAUGGUGAAAGACAGAGUUGCAUGUUCAGUGGCUUACCUGGAAGAUAUUGAAACUGCUUGUGUCCAAGUCGACAAUGUUAUACGAGACAUUUUUAAAUAUUCUAAGCCUGGUUAUAUUUUUGUUCCUGCAGAUUUUGCAGAUAUGUCUGUUGCAGCUGAUAAUUUAGUUAAGGUUCCACAUAUAUCUCAACAAGAUUGUAUUACAUACCCUCCCGAAGUUCAAUUGCUCGAUAUAAUUGAUAAGAUUACGAGUUGGAUGUAUUCCAGUAAAACACCAGCAAUCCUUGGAGAUGUUUUAACUGAUAGAUAUGGUGUGAGUAAUAUUCUAAACGAACUUAUCUACACAACUAAGAUCUGGAAUUUUUCCACAGUUAUGGGAAAAUCAGUGAUUGAUGAAUCAAAUCCAACGUAUAUGGGUCAAUACAACGGUAAAGAGGGUUUAAAGCAAGUUUAUAAACAUUUUGAAUCAUGUGACUUGGUCUUACAUUUUGGAGUUGACAUCAAUGAAAUCAAUAAUGGGCAUUAUACCUUUACUUAUAAGCCAAAUGCUAAAAUCAUCCAAUUUCACCCCGAAUAUAUUCGCUUUGUUGACACCAAAUAUGGUGAUGAACAAAUGUUUGAAGGUGUAAAUUUUGUACCUGUUUUGAAGGAACUAUACAAACUUAUUGACGUUGCCAGACUAUCUUUGCAAUAUGACUCUAAUGUGACUUCUUAUACCAAUGAAACAAUGCAAAUAGAAGACCUCACUGACGAUCAAUCAAGUAUCAUCACACAAGCUCACUUACAAAAGGUAAUGCCUGGAUUUCUAAACCCUGGUGAUGUCGUUGUUUGUGAAACUGGUUCCUUUCAGUUUUCUGUUCGUGAUUUUGCAUUUCCUACCCAACUAAAAUACAUAUCACAGGGGUUUUUCCUUUCUAUUGGCAUGGCUCUUCCUGCGGCUCUAGGUGUUGGAAUUGCCAUGCAAGAUUACUCAAAUGCACACAUCAAUGGCAGUAAUGUAAAAGAAGACUACAAACCAAGACUAAUCUUGUUUGAAGGUGAUGGAGCUGCACAAAUGACGAUUCAAGAACUGAGCACCAUCUUGAAGUGCAACGUACCACUGGAAAUUAUUAUCUGGAAUAAUAAUGGUUACACGAUUGAAAGAGCCAUCAUGGGUCCUACCAGGUCCUACAAUGAUAUUAUGUCUUGGAAGUGGACUAAACUAUUUGAAGCCUUCGGAGACUUUGAUGGAAAGCACACUAGCAGCACUCUCAUUGAAUUUCCAUCCAAAUUAGCAUUGAAAUUGAAAGAGCUAAAGAACUCGGCGAGAAGAAACCAGAUAGAACUUUUAGAAGUCAAAUUAGGCGUAUUGGAUUUCCCUGAGCAGCUAAAAUGCAUGGUUGAGGCAGCCGCGCUCAAAAGAAAUAAAAAAUAA